GUAGUAGCAGUAGUAGUAAUAAAAUUAGAGAAAUAGUUCUUUAGUACCACCCAUGUACCUAGUCAAAACAGUGUGUGGCUUGUGGUAUAGUGAGUCUUAAAAUGGCAGCAGCAUCCAUUCCUCUUGUGAAGCUAGAGGAUCAGUUAACCUGUGGGAGGUGUCACAAUCUCUACACUAAACCCAAGACUCUCUCUUGUCUCCAUUCAUUCUGUCAGCAGUGUAUUGAGGCUUUUCCUACCAUCCCUACCUUCUUUGUGGCCUGCCCUGUCUGUCAUCAACACACUGAGCUACCAGACCAUGCUGGGGCUGCUGGCUUUCCUGUGGCACCUCAGAUAAUAGAUUUAAGGCGUAUUUACGAGGAGGCAAAGAAGCAGUCGAUUGAAGCAAAGUGUGCCAAUUGCUCUAGUGGUAAUUCGUUUGGUUUCUGUAAGGAUUGUAACCAGUAUCUUUGUGAGGGCUGCAUUGAUACACACAAGAAAUGGGCUCCUUUUGCUAACCAUGUUAUACUUAGCCUAGAAGAAGCACUGAAAGUACCUGUUAAUGAGCCUUCAACAGAUAAAGGAGUAGCUAAGCCUAAGACUGCCGUUAUACAGGGAAGAGAUGCUGAGAUAAGAGAGCAAGGAGAAGCAGUAAAAGAAGAGAUAAGGUCCUUCCUAAAUAGCGUUGGGGAUAAGUUUAUAAAAGAAGUCGAUGAGAUUGUAGAAAGGAAGCUUCAAAUGUUGGAGAAGCAGAAGAAAGUGAACCCUUCACUUGAGCCAAUAGAGAAACCUGAUAUACAGUUUAUUAAAGGCAACAAUGACUCCAUCAGUCAUCAUGUUGGUAGAGUAGUAUCUAGUGCUGGACUGGAGAAAUGUGUAGUGAGGGAGAUAGCUACCAUUAAGCAUUUACCAGAAGAGAAAGCAAUCUCAUUUGAGCUAUCAAUAGAAUCACCAGACAAUGAAGACUCUCUUUUAGUGUUACCAGCCUCUUCUCUCUCUCUCAUUGUUGUACCUGAUGCUAAUACAAAGCCUUGUCCAGUUAUCAAUGCUAGAGUGAUCCCUACUGAUAAACCAGGAGUGUACCAGGUUAUAUGUACUCCUGUUAUUAGAGGACGCUAUGAAGUUACCGUAAAAGCUCUUGGCAUUCAAAUAGGUACUCAUUGUUCAUUGCUGAUACCACUCAAUCCUUACACUGAUGAUGCUAUAACUCCUGUUCGCACUAUAUACGGAGUCUGUGGCCAUCAUGAUGUUGCUAUGAGCUUUGGUCGACCUUCAGAUAUAUUAGUAUCAGAGACUGGCUCUCAUGUUAUUAGUGUGUUCAAUAAAGGAGGACAGAAAACGUCAUCGAUUGGGAAAGGACAGAAUAACAUCACAUUCUCUACUAAUCAAGGUAUUGCAGUUGCUCCUGAUGGUUCUAUCUUUGUUGCUGAUUAUGGCAAUCACAGGAUACAGAAGAUACAAUAUCCUAAUACAUUUCUUGCUUCAGUCGGUAGUGAAGGAGCUGAGCCAUUGCAGUUCAAUCAUCCUGUUGGUAUUGCCAUUUCUCCUAUCAAAAACCGUGUCUAUGUUGCUGAUUAUGGCAAUAAGCGCAUUCAAGUUCUGAACAACGAUUUGACCUUUUGUCGAAUGUUUGGCAAAGAAGGAAAGGGCAACGGUGAGUUUGGUAAGCCUCACGAUAUCGCUAUAGACAGCAGCGGAUUCGUUUAUGUGUCUGAUUCUGCUAACUGUCUUGUUCAGAAAUUCACUCAUGAUGGCAAGUCUCUGUCCCAGUUUGGCACUAAAGGGUCUGGUCCUGGGGAGCUUCAUUGUCCUGUUGGUAUUGCAGUAGAUAAUGCUGGCCUUGUUUAUGUUACUGAAAAUGUUAAUCAUCGUGUCUCGAUCUUUACUGACGAAGGAGUUUUUGUUCAUAGUUUUGGAGAGGAAGGUCCUAACGAGGAUCAGUUCAAGACCCCAUAUUUCGGGCUGACGUUUGAUGAAGAGGGCUACCUUUACAUUUGUGACACACUCAAUAAGAGACUAGUAGUAUAUUAAUGACUGAUAAUAGCUAGUGUACUGAUUGAUUCUAGGGAUAUACGUAACAUAAUGUGUACUUGUAACUUUAAGCCAUUAUUGUAAAUUUAAAAAAUAGUUUCUUUAAAUUUA